AUGUCUAAGAAUCUAUAACUGAAUGAACUGGCUAGUCGAAUCUACAUGCAAGAUAUUCUCCGAGAAUUUGGCUAUUUCAAAGCACUGGAGCAGCAAGCAGAGUAUUUUGAAUACAUUGAAGAAACCAUUAAUAGCUUGGAAUAUAAAUAAGUGAAGAAGGGGAACAUUGUAUUUCAUUGUGGAGAAAGAGGAGAUUAUUUCUAUAUGAUUUUGAAAGGAACAGUUUUAGUAUAUGUUCCAAAAAAAGAAGAUGAAGUUUAGAAAUAAAAGCAAAUAAUGACACAAAUGAAUCAAAUAAAGGAGGAUAUGACAAAUAACUCCAAGAAGAAAGACGAUGUUAAGUAAAUGUAAAAACAAUUGUAAGAUCUAUAGAAUGAAUUAAAGGAAUUCUAAAACAUGGAAGAUAUUCUCCUAUUUCCUUUUAAAAGUCGUUAUUAUCAGAAAUUACCCAAUGGUUAAAUGAUUUGUCUGUAUAAAAAGGUCAAUACAAUGAGAGAUGGCGAUUGUUUUGGAGAGGUAUCUUUGUUCAGAAACGAACCUAGAGCAGCCACUCUAAUUGCCCUAGAUACUUUGCAUUUGGGAGCUUUGAAUAAAUCCAAUUACUUACGGAUUUUCGAAUCGAAAUUAGAGAAAUUGAAUUUCACUUUGGGAAUGCUUAGUAAGAUGUUUCCAUAAUCAUCCAAAGAGGUUGUGAUUUAAUUAAGUUUUGAUUUUCAAAGAAAAUUAUUCUCUAUAAACCAAACGAUCUUUAAAUAAGGAGAUGUUGUUGAUGGCCUAUAUUUGAUUUUUCAAGGCAUAGUUGAAAUUAGUUCUGAUAAUGUGAGAGUCAAUUAAUUUAGUGAAUGCCAAUUUGUUGGAUUGUUUGAUCUAAAGAAUCCUGGAUUGAGACUAUACACUGCCACAUCUGUGUCCUAUGAAACUAUCAUUUACUUUCUCCCAAAAAAAUAAUGUUCUGGACUGGAUAGAUUUAUGAGAGAAAGGAUCAAUGAUUAUAGGAUCAGUAGUGAUGGGUUUAGAUAGGAUUGGGUUAAGAAAUGUCAUAGGAUGAUUGCAAAAUAACAAUAAGAAAGCAAUAAGUAGAUUUUAAGAGAUAUCAACACCAAGGAGAUAUUGUAAAAGUGUAUCACCUAGAGAGAGUUAAAAACCACUUCUAAUACAAUUAGUAAGGAUAGAAUCAAUUAAAUUGUUGAAUACAAUAAUCAUCAAUGUUCUUUGAAGGAGAAAUUAAAGAAUGUGAAAUUAUGUUUGCAAAUGAGAGACUUCGAUAAGGAAAAGGAAAUUGUAGAGAAAAUGAUGAAAUAACAAUAUACUUAAUUGCCAAGACUAAGAGAACGACCUCGAAAUCUCCUUGAAACCUACACAAAUUUGAUGUCUAAGGUCUCAAGAUUUACUUAAAGUCCAGCCUUCCAUUCUCCUAACAGCAGUGAUCAUAGCAUUAAGAAUAUACAUGUAGAGAAGAAAUUAUCUUAAAGAAUGAAAAAAAGUGAACAAAUAAUUAAUUAAAUUAUGGGAAUAUGA